AGCAGCUCAACGUAGAUGUGUAGCGCUGUAAAUGGGCUGCGGGCACUUACCUGCAAUAGCAGACAGGGCCCAUCAGGGGCAGUACCUCGCACCGGCAGAGGGGUCGCUACGUUCCCCAACCCCAAAGCAGGAGGGGGCUACGGGGUUUCCUGGUAUCCCCCGAGACCCCACCCCUGGAACUUUCUGGAAGGAAGGCGUAGCCAGGGGCUGACACGCCUGGGAGCUGUAUAAAAGCUGGACCUCUGGGCGGGUCCGGUGCCAGUUGAAGACUGAAGCCCAGCUAGCCAGGACCCUGGGACUCGCCUGACCCGCCGUCCUUGUAAGGGCCGGGUCUGAGUGGGCCAGUGGUCUCGCCUAGGUCACCCCUAGCCAGAGGACCCAGAGACCUUGGCCCCAGUAGUGGGGCACGUCAGUCCGGAGGCGGUAGCUCCUUAGGCAGCGGGUGAAGGGGCCGGAACCCCUUCAAGUGUUAAGGGUUCGCUACGCGCUGUAUCGUAGCUGUGUGUUAAUAAACGUGUUGCCCCCAACGUUCGUCUCCACCGUCGUGAAACCCAUCACUACAGAUGCAACUGCAAGGCAUCGCCACGUCUGCACGAAGGGCUCGUGCUGCAGCGUCUUUUGAAACUGGUUGGCCUGCACCAGAGCUGGUUUGCGACCGUGGCCUGGCGUGGGCGCGCUCCGUCCGUCUCCCGCGGGGAGGUCCCCGCUCCGUGCGGGGGGAAGCCGCCAGCUGCUCCUUGGGCCCCCCCCCCCCGGAGCCAGGGUUCGAGCGAGCGAGCACGCGGGCGAGGCUCCUCCGACCCCGAGACUCCGGCCUCACGGAGCGAGGAAGGCGGCAGGAGGAGAUCCUCCCGGCCGUGAGAUGUCGCGUCGUAGAGGGGCCGACGAGCCACGCCGAGACGCUGCCACUACUGCUACCGGCCGGGCGGGGCCCUCGCCUCCGGAGCCGUGUGCUGAGCAAACGGACGAAGCGGGGUCUGGGCACGAGGGGUGGCGGCCGGUGAAAACGGAGAGGGAAGAAGACGCCCCCUGCGACCACGGUGACGACGGCGCUCGCGGAGCCGAGGUUCGGAUCAAGGAGGAGGAGAACGUCGCGAGCGACGGGGGAGCCCCGGAGAGUCCGGCCACCGACGAUGACGGUGGCCGUGCUGGGAAGCGCGGAGAGGCACUGCGGCUACCGUGGGGAGACCGAGCUGCUGCCAUUGCUGCUGCUGCUGCGGCUCCUUCGGACGCAGCGGAGAUCGAGGUUGUGGUGGAGGAUGACGGCGACGGUUACUCCGCGGGCCUGGCGUUCUCGGCGGCGGUGGCGGCGGCGGCCGCGGCGAAGAGGAAGCGCGUUGUGCUGACCAUCGAGCAGAAGUUCGAGAUCCUCUCGCGCAUCGAAACGGGCCACACGAGGGAGAGGAUCGCGGCCGACUUCGGCAUCGGCAAGAGCACCGUCACGUCCAUCAAGAAGGCGGAGGCGAGCCUCAAGUCGUUCGUCGAGUCCACGGAGUCCUUCACCUCCUGCAGGCAGAGGAAGAUCAUGCGCGGCGCCCAGGACCACCAGCUGGACAGCGCCGUCUUCACGUGGCUCGUGCAGAGGCGGAGCGAGGGCCUGCCCGUGUCCGGCCCCAUCGUGAGCGACAAGGCCAAGCAGCUCAACGCCAUCCUGGGCGGCGACCCCGACUUCAAGGCGUCGACCGGCUGGCUGAAGCGCUUCCAGCAGCGCCACGGCAUACGGCAGCUCUGCUGCGCGCAGGGCGGGCGGCUUUCCGCCGCCGCUGCCGCCGCUGCUGCAGCCGCUGCCGCGGCGGCCGAGGCGGAGGAGGAGUGGACGCGUUGCGACGGUGGAGGCGAGCCCGGCUACCGCAUCCUGGCGGACGAGGACAUCGACGCCCUGGUGACGGAGACCGAAGCGUCGGGGCGUGCGGCAAUGGACGAGGAGGAGGAGGGGGGCGUGGAGGGGGACUUCAAUGGCGAGGAGGAGGAGGAGGAGGACGAGGUGGCGGAGAGCCCCGGCUGCGGCGUCUCGCACGCCGAAGCCGGCGAGUGCCUCCGGAGGGCGCUGUGCUGGCUGGAGCGGCAGCCCGAGGCUCGGCCGGUGCAGCUGGCGCUGCUGCGGUCGCUGGUCGGCAUGGCCGCCGAGAAGGAGAGAUCGCCGGGUGGGGGGGCGAACGGAGAAGCGUUGACCAAAUAGAGAAAGAGACCUUCCAUCCGUGGUUCGAUCCCCCCUCACCCCCCUUGCCCCCCUCCCUCCCCUCGCCCCCCUUGCCCCCCUUGCCCCCCUCGCCUCCCACGCCCCCCGACGAAGCUCGUCACGUUCAACCAAGGCGUUAUUAUUUAUUGACGUGCCAAUGAUCGAUGUAUUUAUCGAGAUCCGACC